AUGACCUCUGACAACGACUCAUCAGACCUUUCAUCACUCUCGUCACUUUCGCCGGUCCCAUCUGAUGACGAGCUUGAUGCCGGCCCCGACAGCGGAGCGCCCAAGAAGGGUGGCAUUCUGAAGUUCUUCUCCAAGGUGUCGGAGCAAUCGCCUAAAUCACCGUCACCUCCCCCGAGAAAAAGAUCGCCGUCUCCCCCUCACGAACAUGUCCUUGCCGACAAUCCUGAUAUUGCCUUUAUUACUAUGUUCAGAAGCCGAUUCACCGAUGCGCUGCCGAAAGCACUUGCGAAUUUUGGUCCUCAGGAGCUGGAGCGUGAUGUGGUCGAGCCCAUCCCGGGAGAUCGCGUUGAGCAUUUUCUGUGCGCGCUGCUAGGACUUCUGUUGAAUCGUAAGCAGGACGUCAAGCCUGGGCACUACAACAGAGCGCUGGAAGAUGCCAUUGCGUCGCACAAGGGUCAGUGGCCCGCGUCAUGGGAGGACAAGAACCCCUUGUCUGGUGGCGGUGGAUUCAACACUAUGAACCCUACAGAAAGAUUAACACUUCUCCGAACGCUGAUACUAUGGACCAUGUCCUCCUCUGACAGCGUCAAGGCCAUCAUCAACCAGGCCUACAAGCAAAACCGACACGAAGACGAUCUAAAUCAGCCCCGAGCAGUUCAGCCUUGGGGGUCUGAUGGUGAUAAGAGGAGAUAUUUUCUAGUGGAGGGCCAAGAUGAUACUGCCUUCCGCGUGUAUAGGGAAAGCAAUCCUGCUGGCACGAACCGUACAUGGUGGAGUGUCGCUGGCUCGAUUGAGGAACUGAGGGCUUUGGCGGAGAAGCUCAACACAAAAGACGGUGGUCCCAAGGCUAAGAAACUAAGCCAUAAAAUGAUGCAGGCAAUUCCUCGAUUCGAGGCAGGCGAAGAGAAGCGAAGGCGCCGUGAUUACCGUCAAAUGCGCAAAGAACAGUUCAAGAGACCAGAACCGGGCUUUUCCAUGUACGAAGGGCGGACCCGUGGCAAGCGCGUCAAGUACACAUAUUCCGACGACGAAGAUGCAUUCUAUUCCGACUCGACCAAUCGCCGUUCUACGCGUAAUACCGGGGCGAACACACCGGCAGAGUCUGCACCUUUGACAACAGCCAGCGGACGCCAGAUUCGUGCGCCUUCUCGAAUGGCAGCAGGUGAUGACAGCGCAGCUGCAAGCGUCCAAGGAGAUUACUCAGAAGCUGAUCGAGAGGGCUCACUGGGAGCUACCAGUAGACCGCGGCGAUCAGCGGCGACUGGUCCGGCAAACGGAAACGGUUGGGGCGAGGUCAAUGGCCGUGGCCGCAGCCGCCAACGCUCCAUGGAUUCAGAGGACGCUGUGAGCGAGGCUGGAUUUGGAGAUGAUGAAGAAGACGCCGAAGCACAUGUACCGCAAGAAUCUGAAUCUGAAGAGGACGAGUUUGACGAUGACGAGGCCAUGGUUGAUGAUGACAUUGAUGACAACCCAAAAAGUCUUGUGGUUAAGCUGGCAAUCACGGCACCGAAUCUGAGAACUGCCCUCAGCCCCGUCGAGUCAAUUGCAAAUGCACUCCCUACCCCCGACACGGAGGAUAGAAAACCGGCCCCGGCCGAGACAUCAACGAAGGCCACCGCCGACAUUAUCAUGGAAGACUCGCCCGCACCGGCGGCCGAGGGUGAAAAUGAUUCAAAGUUGACUGCUGAGAUCGAGCCAACAGGCAAGUCUACUUAUAAGUCUGAUGCCGGGAUAGAGAGUGCCGUGACUGGCGCUAUAGCUGCUAGCCCGGCUGCUCUCCCUUCCGCACCGUUGGCGUUCCGUGGCAGCCCGGAGAAGAAGCAUGUGAAGCCAGUUGCAAUGCAAGACAUUAUCAACGCGCCUCAAUAA